AUGGUUGAAUUCAGUCUAUGCUGUACGCUUGAGGGACACAACUCCCCGAUUAACUGUGUAUCCUUUGGUGAAGGGGGCUAUCUAGCUACUGGAUCCGAUGACGGCCAUAUUAUUUUAUGGUCGCUAGCAGAACAAUGCGAAGUUCUUCACAUCAGACCUAAACAAGGCGCCAUCAUGAGCUUGAAGUGGGUGGUUAGCUUGCUGACCUCUACUGAAUGGUUUCUCCUUUCAGGAGGCGCCGAUGGCACAUUGCAGUUGCAAAGGUUGAGUAACGACAAGCGUACAAGUGUUCUCUUGAGCAUGCAUACCGUGUUUGCCGGUGCAAUCUCAUGCAUUGAUGUAAAUGAUGCUCGCAGUACAGUUGCUGUGACCGGACCAGGUAGGGUUGUCUUGUUCAAAAUUGUAGCAGGAAAUCUAGAUCCAAUGCAAUGCAUCUCUGCUGACCCACCCUUCUCACACGAUCCAAAGCCUGCAUUUGCUAUCUCAGUCCACUUCUUCAAGCAAGGCAAGGGUAUCCUCGUAUGCUACCUGGAUUCUCAUGAAAUUGUAGCCUUCUGUGUGUCGCCCUGGAAAGAACUGUGGAGGCAAAAGCUGAUCAAUCGCAUCGGCAGCUCAGCAUAUUCUGACCCUCUAAGCUAUCUACUAGUGUGGAACCUUUUGGACGCGAUUGAAGUCUACCAGCUAACAGACAAUCCCACGUGUCACCUACUACUCAUCAAAACACUUCAUGUUAGGAUCAGAAGAAAUCACAUUUGUGACGUGCAAUUCGAUUGUACUGGAAAGUCAGCCAUCAGUGGCAGUGAUAAUGGAGAAGUUCACCUAUGGGACAUCGACCGUGGACAACUCAAACAAGUGCUGCUGCAUGGAAAGGGUAAGCAAUGUUGGCAUAACUUGUGUUUCCAUCACUGA